GGAGGCGCGGCCUACUGCGCUCGCUCGGAAUAAACGCCUACAGACGUAGCCGAGGGAGUUGUGACGGAGCGGGGAAGACUUGGCCUGGAGUCGGCGAGGCGAGGGAAGGACGGAGGAGACGGGUUUCUUCGUUUGUGGGGCUGGAAAGGCGGCUGGUCCAGUAAUAGACAUGGCAGAAUAUGGGAUCUCCAUGGGCCAGCAAGUGGCCAUAAUUUGGGAUAGCCAGUCGUCCCCUGAAGCACUACAACAUCUUGUGCAAAAUAUCCAGGCGGCUGUUGGAGUUGAAGGCCACGUAUCUGUAGAAAACGUCAACCAGUUGCUCCAGUCAUCCCAUAAGGAAUCCAGUUUUGAUGUGAUUCUCUCAGGUAUGGUACCUGGCAGCUCAACGGUGCACAGUGCAGAAGUGCUGGCUGAAAUUGCUCGGAUAGCCAAGCCAGGGGGACGUGUCCUUCUGAAGGAAGUGGUGACAACAGAGGCAGGUAACAACAGCAAACUCAAGACGAUAACCAAGCUACCCGCAGCUUUGACCCUCUCUGGUUUAGUGGAAGUAGAGGAGCUGCAGAAGGAGACUUUAACAGCAGAACAAGUUCAGUCCAUCAAGGAGCGUCUGGGUGUCCAGGGUAUUGAGCUUCUCUCUGUUCGGAUGGAAGGCAAAAAACCAAAUUUUGAAGUGGGAUCCUCAAGUCAACUCAAACUUUCUUUUGCCAAGAAACCUGCUGCAUCUGAAAAGCCAGCUGUGGAUCCCACUGCUGCAAAGCUGUGGACUCUUUCUGCCAAUGAUAUGAAUGAUGAUGACAUGGAUUUGCUGGAUUCAGAUGAGCUUUUGGAUCCUGAGGAUUUGAAAAAGCCAGACCCAGCUUCCCUCAGAGCCCCCUCCUGCAAGGAAGCUGGAAAGCGGAAAGCCUGUAAAAAUUGCACCUGUGGCCUUGCUGAAGAGCUAGAGCAGGAGAAGAAGAACUUGCAGCCCAAAUCUGCCUGUGGCAAUUGUUACCUGGGGGAUGCCUUCCGCUGUGCCAGCUGCCCUUACCGGGGCAUGCCAGCCUUCAAACCUGGGGAGAAGAUCCUCCUAAAUGAAAACAGCCUUCAUGAUGCCUGAGACAGAGACGGCCCCAAGCCUCUUUUGGCAUGCAGCUCAUUCCUUGUCUUCUAGGCUCUCCAUUUGCUUAUCUAAAAAUGAGAGUAGAGACUUCAUGCGGAAGACAAACAAAUAAGCCACUGUACGCUAAAAGGAAGGACUUAGUAUCCCAGUUAGCUUCUGAGUAGCUGGUAAUUUUCAGUAUUCACUGCUGUCCUGUUCAUAAAUACACAUUGGUGAACAUCUAUGUUGGUGAUGGUGGCUUUUAGCUUCUAGUUGCUGGGCAUUGUAAUAUGCCCUGGAGGAAAACACAGAUUUGCUGACAAUUGACAUCAGUCAUAUCAUCUUAGAAAUUCUGGAAUUUUUUUAAAGCUUAUUUUUAUUAUUUGUCUUACUGAGCUAACACACAAGUCCAUUUUUAAAAACUGGACGGGGCUGCCAAUUUCGGCACAAGAGAAGCGUAACAAAAUCUAAGAUAGGAGGGUAAGGGGUCAGUUACAAGGUCACAGAUUCAUAGUACUUGUUUCUUCAUUUGGUGUCAUUGAAAUGGUAUAAGGAUCUGAAAUUAAACUCUCAACAUGAGCUCUCUUGUUUUCUUUUACUAUUCCCAGUUAGAGUGAAAUCCUGCCUUUGUUUAUCAGGAAAUAUUGUUGAGUAGAGCUUACACUUGGGUAAAACACACAAUUUUGCUUGCUUUUCAGCAGUCCUUUUUUGCUUUUGAACAAGGCUUCCUUUACAAAUUUGUUCAUUUAAAGCAUUCAUGUGCCACUUCUCAGCCAUUCUGGAACCUCUGAGGCAUUCUGCAGUUUAUUUGCCCAAGUGACUAAAACCCUUCCAAACCUUCCGUUUGCUGUAUGAAAGAGGAAUAAAUUACACUUGUGAGUAAUUCAUGAACAUAGUUCUUUGGGAACUAGAUAGAGCCUGGAGAACAGGGUGCCAUAAUGCUAAAAUAAUGUGCUUUUGCCUCUCACUAGCUUCAUGUGACUUGAGCACAUUUAAUUGCUUAGAAUUGACAAAUCUGCUUAGGUUUCCUUGAUUGCAUUGAUACAGGUCUAAGCUUUAGCUUGGAAAGUAUUACCAUCAGGGUACUAUGCUGUGAUCACAGAGGAUUCUUGCUUUCCAUUAAUCUAAUUCAGUCCAAAGAAACCAUUUUUCUUAAUGGUUUGGUUCUUGCGAGUUAUGCACCAGAGUAUUGUGUGACAUUGAUGAUGUACUCCUCUUCCUUGUGUUCCACAUUACUAUCAUUUCUCUUAAAUGCCUGCAUGAGUAACUUUGCAACAUGCCUCUGUGCUGAGAGCCACUCGAAAGUCCCUAAGAAUUAAGAGUUGUGAAAAACUAUCUAGAUCUUCAUCUUGAGGAGAUAGACUGUAUGUGUUUCCACUCAGUUAAGGUCAGUAACUUAUUUUUUAAGUCCCUGUGUUUUCUGAGAGUCUGGAACCAACUACUAUUUUACCUUAGCGCAACAGUUUUUCUGAGACUACUGACUCCAUUUGUAUAUACUCAAAAGCAAUUUCAGUAACUGGUGUUGGAAAGGCUGUAGGGUGGCAGAUCAUCCAUUCCUUUUUCCUGCUUGUAAUUCUGUUUUGAAAACUAUAUUUAUUGUAUACACCUGUUUCAUCUAAUAGGGGUUAAAAUAGGACAGCAAACAUAGUAGUAUGAGAGGAGAACAGGAUGCAUUGCUGUGUGAGUUUCCUCUGACUUCACUUUCUUAGGAAUUCUACAAUGAUGUAGACAUACAUAAACAGGUACCAAUGAGGAAAUUAACUGUUGCGACUAAGAAUAAAGGAAUUGUGUAAAUUAA